GUGUUUGGCCACAACUUACCGGUUGAGUUCUACACGAAUUUAUGUACCGAUAUUUUCGGGCCUCAGAUUACACCACAAACCAUACGCAAAGCAAUUGACAACACAAAUGCCUAUUACGGGGGGUAUAAACCCGUUGUGACAAACGUUGUCUUCCCGAAUGGAGCACUUGAUCCGUGGCAUCCACUCAGUGUACUCACAGACAUCAAUAACACAGAUUAU